GACCGUGGCGCAUGACUGGCCGCAUCACGCCGUAUUCGACGCAAGCGGAAUCACCCUCGUCAGGCCAGGAGGACACGCCCGACUCUCGCGCACACGCUGAUCUGUGCAGCUCCAUGUCACGAGCGCUGGUGACUGUACACGACACCAGCCGAAGCCUUUCGCCGUGCCAUCACGACACCCCGCCCACCCCAUUCCCCUGAACUUGGGUUGCGAUCCACCACCACAGCCGCGAAGCCGCCAUGGGAGUCGUCGAAAAAUCCCGCCCGUCUCCGGCCGCGCAGCGGAGGGCCUGGACCAGCCUGGAAGAGGAGUUGGCUUACUACAAGACGCAAUACGAGACGCUGGAAAACGAACUUCAGGAGUUUCAGACGUCCAGCAAGGAACUGGAGGCUGAACUGGAGCGCGACAUCGAGGAGAGCGAGAAGCGAGAACGGAAACUGCAAGAGAAAGCGGAGCGAUUGGCCUUUGAGGUCGAGGAGUGGAAGACCAAGUACAAGCAAAGCAAGGCCGAAGCGAACAAUGCGCAGAACACUCUGCAGAAGGAGAUUACUGCUCUGCGCGAAAGCCAACGCGCGCUGCAGAUGCGACUCCGGGACAUCGAGGUGCAAAGCGAUGAUUUCGAGCGCCAGGCUCGCAACCAAACGUCGUCACUCGAGGAUGUUGAGUCAAAGUACAAUGUGGCUAUUGAGCGUGGGGUGAUGCUGGAGGAGGAAAUCAAGAUUGGCGAACAGGAGCGCGAGCAACUGCGCAUCGAGACACAGCGACUCCGCGACGAGCUGUCUGACCUGCGCAUCGAGGCGGAAAUCGUGCAAGAGAAGCUGCGCAUCGCAGAAGAAACCAUCGAAGUCAACCAUCAGCGCAAAAUCACCAGCCACAUCGCUAGUGAUGCGAUACGGCCGCGCUCGCCGGUGUCGGAGGCAUCAACAUCUGCCACGACGCUUUCGUCGCCGACAGCCGCCUCAACCCCGCCGCACUCGAUUGCAGACAUCCUCCACCCAGACACGACGCCGCCGUCUCCACCGCUCUCGGAUGCGCCCAUUACCACGAAAAUGGUGCCUGCGACGCCCAUGCCUAGGCGGAAGAAUUCGGCUGCACCGCUAGACCCCGGAACUACACCACGUGCCGGUAUGUACCAGCGGACGCAGCGACAUUCACGAGUACCUAGUGUAUCGGGAUCGUCACGGCCGCCAAGUUCAGCUGCGAGCGGGCGGGCGACGCCUUCUUCGAAGACGACGGCGACGAUUUUGCGAGAAAGUCGACCGGGCUUUGGCACUUCUUCGACAGCAGGUCUGCCUAGGUCAGGCUCGCUCUACCAGAUUCGGGGGCUGAUAGGUAAGAUGCAGAAACUCGAAGAACGAGUCCAAACAGCACGAUCCAAGCUGCCUGCGCCCACGAACACGCCGCCCCGAGCAAGCCCACGGGGCAGCAACGCAUCGGGCCACGGCAGCAUCACCAUGAGGAGCGGGCGGAAGCGCACGUCGCAAACAUCGGCAGUGUCAUCUGUCACGGGCGCGUACGAGUCUGGUGUCAGCCGCCUCUCCUUCGGUGUAUCCAACUCUGUAAAGGAAGUAGUACCUGUCCCAAGCCGGCCGGAAAGCCAGACGUCGGUGUCAUCGCAGCCGGGGAUCCCGCGGCCAGCGAGCCGAAGCAGCAAUCGCACGCCCGUCAAUCACUACCAGUCGCAAUCGAUCAGCGGGAUGGAGUCGCGGAUGCAACGAUCACGCAGCUCGAUGAGCGGGCAUUCGAAUGGGCACAGUCACUCUCAGUCGUUUUCCCAGUCGUUGCGGGAUAGCGAUGCCAGUACUAAUAGUGACGGGAGCGGGGUGAUAACGCCCAUGGCGCGCCGGUUCACCAUGGACAAAUCGGGGAUCCCCGGGCCAAGCGCGAUUCCAAGGCGACAGAGCGGCGGACGGAGAGCGAGUGCAGGCCAAGACAGCGACGUAAUGGGACCUCCCGUAGUACGACCGCGGAAGAUGUCGACGCAGGCCGAGGAGGAAUCAUACUAGGGGCGAGGUGGCAGCAGAAGCUUCUCUGCAGGGACGUGUGCAUGUACAUUUGGGCUUUUAUCGGUACACGAUUUUGCGGCACUAUACCUCUAGCGUUUUUGGAGUUUCGGCACGCGAGUGACGCAGGUACUGGACUAGCUUUUUUUUUCUCUCCUUCUCUACCGGUGAGGGGAUCAGAUUGGAGCCCCAAAGGUAUGCUUGCUAGCAUUUGGGCAGCAUGGUCGCAUUUAAGGAGCACAGCGAGGGCCGUGUCGAUAGCCAAGCCCUUUGGGGCAGUUACUAGAUAUUGCUUAU